AUGCUUACGAUUAAACUCGAGCGCUCACUAGACCCUGCGAAAUAUACAUUAGAAGUAUCCUUCAAAGGACGUAUCGCAAAUGAUGUAUUCGGCUUUUACGCAAGUCUAUAUGAAGUUGAUGGAAGACUGAGACGAAUUGGUGUAACACAAUUUUCGCCCACAUACGCACGUCGUGCAUUCCCUUGUAUGGACGAGCCUUAUUUAAAAGCGGAAUUUCAAUUGCAUAUUGGCCACCAUAAGGAUCAAAAGGCGACGAGUAAUACUCCAGUGGAAUCUAUACGAAUAGAAAAUGAUACGUACUGCGUGACGACAUUUCACCGUACACCACGAAUGUCCACGUAUUUGGUAGGAUGGACAGUACACAAGUUUGUCCCAGAACGAUCAAGAAUUUCGGAGGACUUCAAGAUGUGGACAAGAGACUCCAUGAAGUUUCGUGGAUCAAUAGCCUUGAAUCGCGGUUGGACGGUCUACUCGGCGUUACAGACAUGGUUAUUAGUAAAAAGUCCGCUCGUGAAGGUCGAUCAAUUUGCGAUACCGGAUUUCAAUUUCAAUGCAAUGGAGAAUUGGGGCCUCAUCACUUACAGAGAAUCUGUAGUGUUGCAUGAGGAUGGAACUCCGACAAAAAAAGUCGUGAAUGGACUGUCAGUGAUGACUCACGAGUAUGCUCACAGUUGGUUUGGCAAUCUGGUAACACCCGCAUUCUGGGACGUCGUCUGGUUGAAGGAGGGCUUUGCCACGUAUUUUCAAUAUUUUGGCGUUUCCUUAGCAGAAUCGGAUUUGAGAAUGAUGAAUGUAUUCGCAGUAGAUUGCUUGCAGCCGACACUACUCGCAGAUUCCGACAAUCAUACACGCACAUUAAAUGGUCAAGAGGUCGGGGAUCGUAACAGCAUUAUGGCUACGUUAGACUUUGUCUCCUAUGGGAAAGGUGCCUCCGUAAUUCGUAUGAUCAGUCAUAUCAUCGGAAGCACAGCAUUUCAAUUAGGAUUACAAAAUUAUUUGCGCGAGUUGUCAUAUGAAGCAGCCACUCCAUUCGACUUGUAUCGACACUUGCAAACUGCAUCAAAUAUAACAAGGCAUUUGUACAAAAGCAUAUCUAUAAAAGACGUCGUAGAAUCUUGGGCAAAUCAGCCAGGAUAUCCUUUAGUGAUCAUUACGCGAAACAACAAGACGAAAAAUCUGUUUGCCUCGCAAGAACGAUUUUAUCUAAAUCAUGAGGCACAAACAAAUUUCGAAAAAUCGAGUUGGUGGAUACCAUUAACCUUCAUUACCGAAGACUCGAAUUCCACAUUUGAUCGAACUACUACGACUACUUGGUUGAAGCCACAAGCCAAAAACACGCUAAUCGGCUCUGUAAAAUCGAACUCGUGGGUGAUUUUUAAUAUUCAGCAAGUUGGAUAUUAUAGAGUUAAUUAUGACAAAAAUAACUGGCAAACACUUAUCCGUUACUUGAAGUUAAAGAAUUUAAAAAAAAUACAUGUGAUAAAUAGGGCUGCACUUUUAGAUGAUGCUUUUAAUUUAGCUAGAGCCGGUUAUGUGGAUUAUUCCAUUCCAUUUGAUCUCGCGACAUAUCUUAUUCGUGAAACCGAAUACGAACCGUGGGUUGCUGCGGUAAAUAACUUCAAUUUUCUCAAUCAUAUUUUAGCUUGCUCACCGCGAGUACAACGUCUGUUUCAGAACUAUGCAAAUAACUUACUUAAACCGAUGUAUAAUCUAUUAAGUUUUAUGGAAAGUUCCAUGGACAGUUCAAUAAAGAAAAUGCAUCGCGAAUUGAUUCUGUCUACUGCGUGCUCAAUUAAUAAUAUUCACUGUUUAAAGACAUCAAAAAUUUUAUUUAAAACGUGGAUUUUGUCUGAGGAAAGCUUAAUAUCAGCAAAUCUUAAGAGCUUUGUGUAUUGCGUGGGUGUUCGAGCAGGUGAUGAUAAUGUUUGGCAAACAGUUUGGAACAGAUUUCUGCGCACUGACUUACAUGCAGAACAGGAACUCCUGCUGAGUGCACUCGGAUGUACUAAAAUUCCUCACUUAAUCGACAGGUGA